AUGAAGUUUUCGUUGGCAGUCUCCUUUUUUAUUUUAAUGUCCUUGUUGUUUGAAGACGCUUGUUCUAAGGAAAAGUCUUCCAAGAAAGGGAAGGGGAAAAAGAAGCAGUAUUUGUGCCCAUCUCAACAGUCGGCCGAGGACCUUGCCCGUGUGCCCCCCAACUCCACCAGCAAUAUCUUGAACAGGCUGCUGGUCAGUUAUGAUCCCAGGAUAAGACCAAACUUCAAAGGCAUUCCUGUUGAUGUAGUAGUCAAUAUUUUUAUUAAUAGUUUUGGAUCUAUUCAAGAGACAACAAUGGACUAUAGAGUUAAUAUUUUCCUGAGGCAGAAGUGGAACGACCCCAGACUCAAGCUCCCUAGUGACUUCAGAGGCUCAGAUGCACUGACAGUAGAUCCUACCAUGUAUAAGUGCUUGUGGAAGCCUGACUUAUUCUUCGCAAAUGAAAAAAGUGCCAAUUUUCAUGAUGUAACCCAAGAAAACAUCCUGUUGUUUAUUUUUCGGGAUGGAGACGUCCUUGUGAGCAUGAGGUUGUCCAUCACUCUUUCAUGUCCUUUGGACUUAACUCUGUUUCCCAUGGACACACAACGCUGCAAGAUGCAACUUGAGAGCUUUGGUUACACCACUGAUGAUUUGAGAUUCAUCUGGCAGUCAGGAGAUCCUGUUCAGUUGGAAAAAAUUGCUUUGCCUCAGUUUGAUAUUAAAAAGGAGGAUAUCGAAUAUGGCAACUGUACAAAAUACUAUAAAGGCACUGGUUACUACACCUGUGUGGAGGUCAUCUUCACCCUGAGGAGACAGGUUGGGUUCUACAUGAUGGGUGUGUAUGCACCAACCCUGCUGAUUGUGGUCCUCUCCUGGCUCUCUUUCUGGAUCAACCCUGAUGCCAGUGCUGCCAGAGUACCUUUGGGCAUCUUCUCCGUGCUCAGUUUGGCCUCAGAGUGCACCACCCUCGCAGCGGAGCUUCCCAAAGUGUCCUACGUGAAGGCGCUGGAUGUGUGGCUCAUUGCCUGCCUGCUCUUCGGGUUUGCUUCCCUCGUGGAGUAUGCCGUUGUCCAGGUGAUGUUGAACAAUCCCAAAAGGGUUGAAGCUGAGAAGGCCCGGAUCGCCAAGGCUGAGCAAGCAGAUGGGAAAGGUGGAAACGCAGCUAAGAAGAACACUGUGAACGGCACGGGGACCCCUGUUCAUAUCAGCACUUUGCAGGUUGGUGAGACCAGAUGCAAAAAAGUUUGUACUUCCAAGUCUGAUCUGAGAUCCAAUGACUUCAGCAUUGUUGGCAGCUUACCAAGAGAUUUUGAAUUAUCCAAUUAUGACUGCUAUGGGAAACCCAUUGAAGUCAACAAUGGACUCGGAAAACCACAGGCAAAGAACAAGAAGCCUCCGCCUGCCAAGCCUGUCAUCCCCACGGCAGCCAAGCGCAUUGACCUCUAUGCAAGAGCAUUAUUUCCCUUCUGCUUCUUGUUCUUCAACGUUAUAUAUUGGUCUAUAUAUUUAUGAUAAACCAUUUCCAUUUGUAUGAAGUACAACACCAUUUCAUUGUGACCAAUGCAAUUCAUAAUUGCUGAUCUGUGAAAACUUUGCAUUUUCAUAGCAAUAUAUUGCAUUUUGGAUGCCACUUGAUUAUAAUGAAAUGCAGCACCUUACUUUGAAUGGCAGCAUGACCCUGUAACGUCUGUGCUCCAACCAUGAGAUAGACAGAUAGAUAGAUAGAUAGAUGUACAUUGAGCAUAGUACUUUAGGAAUCAAUGACAAAUACGCAUACUACGUAAUCUUCAUAAUGUGCUCUUCGGCUACUGUAACUCUGUAACUACAAAUACUUCCAGUAAUCCAGAUGGAAACAUGAUGUGCACGCUGACCCCUGUCAUGUUCACCGUUCUAUGUAUGCAGUAUCUUACAUCCCCUUCCUUGUAAGAAAGAAAGCCAUCUUAUUAAAUAAUUUUCAAUAGUAUUAUUACAGAUUAAGCAAGACUAUAUGGCAUAGUGUUUAAAGUUUUUAAGAGAGAUAGAUCAGUAAUAGUUAUGCAGGUUCCUUAAGAAAUAAAAUCAAAAUUAUACAUUUAUACAGCAAGCUUAUUUUUAAGUGUGCUUGUGCUGUCAAAAUGCCAGAUAAUAGAACAGUAAGCAUUUUUGAGGAAAAGAGAAACCUGGGCUAGUAUAAAUGCAUAGUGAGUUCUGGCUUCUGGCAAAAUACAAACAAAUAAAGGAUAGAUGUAUUAGUUAAAUAUUUUGGAUAAAGUAAAUUCUUUAAUCAACCUUAAAAAUCAAAGUCUAUUUUCAUGCCUUUCAUUUGUUGGUAUGGAGAGCAUUAAGCAUAAGCCUUAAAAAGAGUUGCACACAUUUCAAAUCUAAAUGGUGUGGUGACUUGUGAUUCCAGAUUACUAUUAGACUCCAGGAAUCAUCAGCGUGAACUUGAACUGGAAAAAUCAUCAUCAUUGGAGGUCUUAGCUUGUUUAUUUUAUUAAAAUAUUUCUAUAUUUCAAGUAAUAUUUGAACUGUUUUUGAAAUUUUUUAUUUAUUUGAAUGUAUUUGAAUAUGUUAUAAACCAAUGAUUUAGUUAAUAAUUUUUUUUUAAUUUAAACUUUAGAUUUCACUUUUCCCUUCUUGCUGAAAGUCUAGAUAUUAGGGCUAACUUUAUCUUCUUUCUACCUGAAAAGAACCCCUAAGCCUCAUCUUAUAAAGCCCCAUUUUCUAAAAGAGUCAUAAUGUAACUGUUUAUUUCUGUCUUAGCUAAAAUCAGAGCUAUUAGUAAUUAAUGUAAUGUAAACAUAGACCAUAAAACCGUUUUACAUUAUUUGGAGUGCUUUUGUUCUUGUUGAUAGUUUGUACAGCCAACUAAUACGAUGCAUUAAAAGUAUUAUUUGUGCAACUGCCGAAUGCUAUUCACUGCUAUCUGAUUUAUUGAAGAUUUUUUUAACUUCAGAACAUC